CUGAUUUCGGCAGUCGUCAGCGAUCAAGCAAGUCUUGGCAGAAACUCUUACUAUAGAGGGAAAGGACUUUUAAGAAACGGUAUUUAGUUUGCUAGCUGCCACAACGAAUGGGAACUGUUUGACGUUCUGUUCUUUCAUGAAUUCUAGAGAAUUUGAAGGGGUACGGUACGUCUCACAGUCGCAGCUUGCAGUAUAUUGCUGAAAGGAUUGUACCGGACUGCCACUCUUGAGAUAGGCGAAGUCAACAGUAGACACAGACGAGCUUGAAGGGAAUAGAAACUUUCGUCUCGUGAUUAGUCUCGUUGGAGGAUUGAAUCAGGAAAGUGCAACGCACAAGGAGACUGGUCCCGAGACAGUGGCUGUAUGGUUACUGUCGAUCUACACACGUUGAUACUUGUAUUAUAUUAUAUAUCUUCAAUUUCCAAGGCUUGUAUGUUGUAUUUGGGUUUUCCAUUGAACUGAAACAUUUUUUAUGUUGAUAAGCGAUGUGUAUGACAUGGUGCUUAUAAAUUAAUUAAUUAUGUAUGCAGGAUUGAGAGAGUAAUCCUAUACGAGUGAAGAUUGAAGUUGCAAGUAACUUAUUGAACCUUGGGUUGUUUUGUUGUAUUGAGCUAUAUUGCUGUUGAGAUGGCUAAACGAGAUUAUUUUGAUGUGUUAAUUGUUUGCCCCCGGGAAUCAGAGCUGCAGGCUGCACUUGAGGUCUUUCAACCCGACCCCAAAAGAAGCAGCACGUUUGAAGGAGCUUACAGUGAUCUUCCUUACAACAUCCGUUUAUGUCGUGGAUGGAACGGUUUGCCAUUGUCUAUUGCCAUGGUAGCUCAAGUUGAAUGUGGUGGCAUUGAAACCAUGAAGCUUGUUGCCGACUUGGCAAAGGAUUUCGCUGUUGGCUUGAUUGCAAUGACGGGCACUUGUUCAGGAGAAGAAGACAGGAACAGAGGAAUAAAGUAUGGUACAGUUGUUGUGGCAAAGAGAACAGCAACAGAAUGCGAGGGGUCAAAGAAGGCAGACGGAACUGUUCAAUCUCAUCCUCGCAACAUAAAAUUGAGCAAAACGCUGCUUCCAUCAUUGAAUGAGCUUGUCCAGACAAGAGAGAAUCGCAAGUGGUUGUCGUAUGUUCCUGCUGAAUUAUAUCGUCCUAGUCCACGAUAUGUAAAGGACUUGUUGUUGGAGUGUGUUAUUAACAAACAGCCAAUUGCGAAGAAGAUGCUUCUAACAAAUGUGGUGGACAAGCUUCCAACCCUCACUAAAGUCAACAUCAACGAGACUUUGGAGAAUAUGCAGAAACAGCAAGAACCAUUGGUGUAUGCAGAACGUAGAACUCGAGAAUACAAGUCAACUACAGCGGGGGAGCUGUAUCCUCAUGACCAAGUCGAAUUUCCUUGUGAAGACAAUACCAUUACUGUUAUAGCUGCAUCAAUAGGAUCUAUGUUAAUGGAGACUGAGAAACUUGACACAGAAAUGAAAGAAGUGAGGCUGCGUAUGGCAGAUCACGACAUCAAAGCUAUUGAUAGAGAAGCUCAUUUCUUUAUGGAACAAGCAACAAACAGCUUCAGCCCAGGAUUGCCAGUUGUGAUGAAAGGAAUAUCUAAUUAUGGUACCGAGGCCAGCAAGCUGAUCUAUUAUGAACCUUAUGCUGCUUCUACGUCAGCUGCAUUUCUGAGGCAUUUUAUCACUGAAAAGAAGUCUGUCAUCAGUUGUUUGUCAAGGGAAAGUCAUCUGUUUGAUUUGUCUGCUGUUGUGAGUGGCAGUUGGCGUGAUUUAGCUGAAAGUCUUAACGUCAGCAAGUCUGAUAUUGAGACGGUAGAAUUGGAGGUUCAUACGAAGAGAGAGCAAGCGUACAUGAUGCUGUGCAAAUGGCAGUCCAAGUUUGGAGACAAUGCAAAGAUAGAGAUGGUUAAAGAGAAGAUGCAACACAUUGAAGAAAAGAAGAAGGCUGAAGCUAUUGACAUUUUUCCUAUUCAGCUAAGGGAAGAACAACAAUUUUGUGGGCGCAAGAUGCAAUUGACAAGUUUGGCCAACACACUGUGGGUAGGAAAACCUCCAGAUGUGUCUACGGCAUUGGUGUUUAGUUGUGUGGUGGUUAAAGGAAUGGGUGGAGUGGGGAAAUCAUCUUUGAUUGCUAAAUAUGCGUUGCUAUGGAAACACUUGUAUAGUGAUGGAGUGCUGUAUUUUAAUGCAGAAUCGUGGGCGACACUUACAAGCUCAGUCAUAUGCAAUCUCUCAGUGUUGUGUCUAACUUCCGUUGCAUGUCGACAAAGUCAAUUUGAAAACAUCAGCAAGAAUUCGUUAGAAGUUAACAAUGAAGUGCUGCUUGAUUACGUCAACAAGCAUCACAAAAUGCUGUUGAUUUAUGAUGGUGCAGAUGAUCUCUCUUUCUUGCCUGAAGUUCUUCCCCGCUCGUCUUCUCUUGUUCAUGUGUUGAUCACAACUCGAUGUGAUGAUUGUUCAGCGUUGCAGCAAGUAAGUGCUGUUGUCCCUCUUGGUUGUUUGGAAGAUGAAGAUGCUGUUUCAGCUCUAUCCAAAUGGUCUGGUCGCCAACCAUCUACCAGUCAAGAAACAGCAGCAAUAACUAAGUUAGCAAUCGAGCCUCCCAUAGAAAAGCUACCAAUUGCUCUUGCUCAUGCAGGCACCUAUGUGAGAAAGGCUCGUCUUAGUUAUGAUGAAUAUUACAAAUUGUUGAAAAGAGAAGAAGUGAAACUUGAGGCAUUGGCAUUGGAUCUGAACAAGUUAUUGCAUUACUUCAAUGCUAGUAGUCUACAUGAAGAACUUUUGCUAGCUCGUUUGAGUCAGCCUGCUGAUUUGAAAAUUUUGACCGACAUGGAUGUUGAUAGAUUGGAUAUGAGAGAAACUGACAAAAAUGUAGUUAAAAAUAUGAGAGAGUUUUUGUCUUCCAGUCAUGUUCACCUCACAUGGCAGAUGGACAUUGACUUGGUUAAACGAGAUAAUCCAAAAGCAUUGUCACUUCUUGAAUAUGCAUCCUUUUUGUCGUCAAGGGACAUUCCAACAAAACUAGUUUGUCCUCUUGUAUUUGAUGCUGCUGCCAAGUAUGAGUACAGUUUGUGUGUCUCAACUUUGUCUUCGCACAGCUUAGUUGAAUUUCAUGAAACAGAAGAAGGCUACACUUUAAAUAUUCAUCCAUUAGUACAGGCGACGGUGUUAGAACGCAUCAAACAGCAACCCAAUGAGACUGAACGUAAACUAACUGUGCUAUGCAAACAUUUGCUGACUCAAGUACCUGAUCGUGAAAUUGACUUGUUGUCGUUCUCAGCUGAUGGACCAUAUCAACUUGUUUCUCACUUGUUUUCUUUGGCUAACAAUGUGUUGUUAGCUGGUAUCGGGACUGUGGCUUGCUUAGAGCUAGCUGUUCGAGCAUGUCGCUCUUCUGUAUUUUAUCAGUCAGCUGAGAUGUCUUACUCUUUGAUUGAAAAAACGGAUAACCUUCUACACCAGUGUCACUGUUGUUCAGACAAGGACAAAUUGAUUUACUUAAUAAAAGUUAAAGCUAUGCUAAGCACUGUCCAUUUCCAGUCGAUGAAAGUAGAAAAAGCGUUCACAGUGGCACAGGAAACAAAAAAGAUGAUUGACGAUUUAGAACCGGACGAGAAGAGCAAAGUGUAUACACAACAAAGAGAUGUGCUGUGGAUUGCCUAUCAAAUCUGUGAACAACAAAACAACGUUAUAGCAGCUCUGCUAGAGAAGUCAGAGUUGGAGAUUAAUAAAGCUAAUGGAUCAGAUGGCAGACCUGCUGAAGCAUUGAAAUUAGCAGAGGAAGCUUUACGUGCAGUUCAGUCUCUACCAAGUUCAUCAAAAAAUUUGGUUGAAAUUUGCAAAAGCCAAUUGGCUAGGUGCUAUAGGAAAUUAGGAAAAACCGAGAUGUGCUUAGAACUCCAGAAAGAAAUAAUGGAAAUUCGGAAAGAAACAUAUUCGAAUCUAUGUAGAUCUCUACAUGAAGUAGCAAGAGAUUCUGUGCACGCUGUUAUUGGAGUACGCAAUUCAGCUGAGGCGACGGAGUGGCGCAAAGCAGCAUUAUAUGAUCAGCAGCAGCAGCAGCAGCAGCAGCAGCAGCAGCAGCAGCAGCAGCAGCAGCAGCAGCAGCAGCAGCAGCAGCAGCAGCAGCAGCAGCAGCAGCAGCAGCCGAAUUUACGUAGAUCUCUACCUGAAGUAGAAAGAGCAUUUUUGAACCCUAUUAUUAGAUUACGCAAUUUAGCUGAGACGACGGAGUGGCGCAAAGCAGUAUUAUAUGGUCAGCAGCAGCAGCAGUUUUUGAUGGAUAUAUGUGAUCUUCUUUCAGAAAUAGCAGGUCAGGAACAAUAA